CGGCUGUCGUUCGAUAUGUCGCACAGGAAGUUCUCUGCGCCUCGUCAUGGCUCUAUGGGGUUCUACCCCAAGAAGAGAUCUCGUCGUCAUCGUGGAAAGGUGAAGGCGUUCCCAAAAGAUGACCCUAGCAAACCAGUGCAUUUAACCGCUUUCAUCGGCUAUAAAGCUGGCAUGACCCAUGUGGUCCGUGAACCUGAUCGUCCUGGUUCAAAGAUAAACAAGAAGGAGAUUGUAGAGGCGGUAACGAUCAUUGAGACACCGCCUAUGGUAUGCGUUGGUGCAGUCGGCUAUAUCGAGACCCCACAUGGUCUUCGUGCUCUGCUCACUGUUUGGGCUGAACAUAUGUCUGAGGACUGCCGCCGUCGCUUUUACAAGAAUUGGUACAAGAGCAAGAAGAAGGCUUUCACCAAGGCUAGUAAGAAAUGGCAGGAUGAGCUUGGACGCAAGUCAAUUGAGAAGGACUUUAAGAAAAUGAUCCGCUACUGCAGUGUGGUAAGGAUCAUUGCCCAUACCCAGAUGAAACUGCUCAAGCAGCGUCAGAAGAAGGCCCACAUUAUGGAGAUCCAAAUCAAUGGUGGAACAAUUGAAGACAAAGUUAAAUGGGCACGUGAACAUCUCGAGAAGCCCAUCCCCAUUGAUUCAGUUUUUGUCCAGGAUGAGAUGAUUGAUUGCAUUGGUGUCACUAAGGGCAAGGGUUAUAAAGGUGUUACUUCACGCUGGCACACAAAGAAGUUGCCCCGUAAGACACACAAAGGUUUAAGGAAGGUUGCUUGUAUUGGAGCAUGGCAUCCUUCAAGAGUUUCAUUCACUGUUGCUCGAGCUGGUCAGAAAGGUUACCAUCAUCGUACUGAAAUGAACAAGAAGAUCUACCGUAUUGGUCAAGGCAUCCACACUAAGGAUGGCAAGGUCAUCAAGAAUAAUGCCUCUACUGAAUAUGACUUGUCUGAGAAGUCAAUCACCCCCAUGGGUGGUUUCCCUCACUAUGGUGAAGUCAACAAUGACUUUGUCAUGAUUAAGGGUUGUUGUAUGGGUCCUAAGAAGCGUGUUAUAACCUUGAGGAAGUCUCUGCGAGUACACACCAAGAGAGCAGCACUUGAGAAGAUUAACCUCAAGUUCAUUGACACGUCAUCCAAGUUUGGUCAUGGUCGCUUCCAGACACCAGCUGAUAAGGCUGCCUUCAUGGGUACCCUCAAGAAAGACCGCAUUCGUGAGGAAGCUGCUGCAACCACCACACCAGUGGCACCUCAACAGUCUUAAGUAACAUUUUUGGGACUGACAAUAAAUAAGAAAACAAAA